AGGGUAGAAGAAGCAGCAAGCCGCAAAUCAGGGAAAUUCGUGUUUUCAGUUUUCGGCAAAUUUGUCAACGUUUGCUUGGAUUUAAAUAGAUUUUUGCACUAAAUAAAAGCAAACAACCGAAAUGGCAGAUAAGGCGCAGGAGCAGAGCAUCAUGGACAAGUCCAUGCGGUCGGUUUUUGUGGGCAACAUACCCUACGAGGCCACCGAGGAGAAGCUGAAGGAGAUUUUCAGCGAAGUCGGCCCGGUUUUGUCGCUCAAGCUGGUGUUCGAUCGGGAAAGUGGCAAGCCCAAGGGAUUCGGCUUCUGCGAGUACAAGGACCAGGAGACGGCUUUGAGCGCCAUGCGGAACCUGAAUGGCUACGAAAUUGGCGGAAGAACGCUGCGCGUGGACAACGCCUGUACGGAGAAGUCGCGCAUGGAGAUGCAGCAGCUGCUCCAGGGACCCCAGGUGGAGAAUCCUUACGGGGAGCCCUGCGAACCGGAGGAUGCGCCCGAGCUGAUCACCAAAACGGUGGCCUCCCUGCCGCCCGAGCAGAUGUACGAGCUGAUGAAGCAGAUGAAGCUCUGCAUCGUGAGCAAUCCGUCGGAGGCGCGCCAGAUGCUCAUGCUCAAUCCCCAGCUGGCGUAUGCCCUGCUCCAGGCCAUGGUGGUCAUGCGAAUCGUGGAUCCACAGCAGGCACUAGGCAUGCUCUUCAAGGCCAACCAAAUGCCGCCCGUCCUCGGUGGCAAUCCGCACCAGGGACCUGGCAAUCUUGCGUCCAUGAUGGGCCAGCAGGGGCAGAUACCCCAGCAACAGCAGCCGGGGCCAAUCCAACAGCAGCAACAGCAGCAGGCUCCCCAGCCGCCGAUGCCUGUUCCGGGACCGGGUUUCCCGCCCAAUGUCCACCCGAACGAUAUCGAUUUGCGCAUGGUGCCCGGCGGACCCAUGCCGAUGGAUCCGCGGAUGAUGGCCCGCGGCAUGGAUCAGGACUUGCGGGGAGCUCUGCCCAACCCGGUGCCGCCGCCACUGAUGGAUCCCCGCACUCGAGCCCAGAUGCCCGCCCAGCAGCAACAGGGUGUCCCGCAGGCGCCACCGGCUCCCUAUCCCAGCGAUCCGCGCCAGCGUCCCAUGGAUCCUCGAUUGAGGGCGGGUCCAGGACCCCAGCAGGCACCGCCGCAGGGGAUUCCCCAGGCGCCGCCGCCGACGCAACAGCAACAGGCGGCCGCUCAGCAGCUUCAGAGCCGGUUGGGCGCCCACGGAGUCCUGCCGUCGGAUGCCUCCGAUCAGGAGAAAGCGGCGCUCAUCAUGCAGGUGCUGCAGCUGUCCGACGAGCAGAUCGCCCAGCUGCCCUCCGAGCAAAGGGCCAGCAUUCUCAUGCUCAAGGAGCAGAUCGCCAAGAGCACACAGCGUUAAUUCCGUUUUACAUUGUCCUCCAAUAUCCAUUUCAAUACUUUCAACACCAAUCAAUUAAUAAAAAGAACAUUCUCACACACGGAGAUU